GCCUUUGACAACAAUUAAAACAAGAACUAGUGAUUAUCUAAGUUCUUGCUCACUUCACUUACAUACCUUGCUUGAAGCAUACUUCGGGAUGCAGUUGAAUUCAAUGUGUUGCAGAUGCCAAAAUACUACAGUAUAAGUAAAAGGAGAAAAAAAGAAAGAAAAGGAAACAAGUAGAAGACAAAAGUAGAAAGAGUUCCCGCGUGAAUCCCUGCCACCCGUACCUGUACCAAACUCCUCGUUUCCUAUAAGUGACAAAUCUCCCUUCUUUACCAUUCUUCUAUUCACCCAUUUGUUUUAGAUACCCUGCAAGUUUUUUUUUUUUUUUUUCUCUUUCUUCCCUCGCAGUUUUAGGCUUUUUAGUUCCUGGCCUGGCCUGUAGACCUGAUCCGAUCCCAACAAAUUUUCUUUUGUUCUAUUCUUUCACCCUCGAUCACAAAUCUCUUCAGAUCUCUGUACCAAUCGAUCAUUCGGCAUUGCAAUCGAUAAGCAAUGUCGGAACCCCCAGUGAAACCGGUUCUCCAAAAGCCACCUGGAUACAAAGACCCAAGCUCCCCGGCCGGUCAGCGUCGGUUCAGACCACCGCCACGGAAACCUGUUCUCCCACCUUCUUUCCAUCCCAAGAAAAGAAAGACUAGUUACGGUCGUGCUUGUUGUUGCUGUUUCUGCAUCUUCUUUUUGAUCUUCCUUCUCCUCAUUCUCAUUUGCGGCGCUGUUUUCUACCUUUGGUUCGACCCUAAAUUACCCGGCUUUCACAUCCAAUCAUUCCGGAUCUCCCGCUUCAACGUCACCAAAAGACCCGACGGAACCUACCUCGACGCCAGAACGACGACGAGACUCGAAGUGAAGAACCCAAACGGAAAGAUGAUUUAUUAUUACGGAGACAUGGAGGUUGAGGUCAGCUUAGGGGAAGGCGGGUAUGAGACCGAAUUGGGAACGACGACGGUGCCGGCGUUCACCAUGCUGGAAAAGAACACCAGGAGUUUGAGAGUGGAGACAAAAGCGAGUAACAAGCUAGUGGUUGAUGAGGUUGGUAAUAAGCUCAGGGCUCGGUACCGAAGCAAGAGUUUACCCGUGAACGUGGAGGCUCGGACCAAAGUUGGAGUAGGUGUGGCGGGGUUGAAGAUCGGCAUGGUCGGGGUGACCGUUAAGUGCGAUGGAAUGUCCAAGAAACAACUUGACGGUGGUGACAUGCCCAAAUGCGUCAUCAACAUGUUAAAAUGGUAACAAAGCGUCAAACUUGUCGUUAUAAUAUGUUACUGUGUUAGGCUUCGUUUGCAGGCUGGAUGAGAAUCUCUUCCCCUUGGGUUUAUUCUGUCAUUUUGUCUUUUAAGUUUCCUUUGAUUCGCCAAGGAAAAAAAAAGAUUUCUUUUAUUCAAUUAUUUAUUCUCAAUGAUAAGCUUCAAUGUGUGAUGGAAAUCGUUGCUUUGGCUGCAGGCUCAACAUUCAUUGACACAAAUCACAUGCGUCAAAGUUUUCAAUCGUAAGAAGGAUUUGUUCAUUUGAUCAAUCGGGGUGUAAUUCAUGAAUAUUUUGUAUCCCACAUUGGAUUGUAUUGUAGCAAUUAGUUUUGUCUUUCCUUUAUUUUUUUUCACUUAUUUUUUUUCAGUAUAUAACUAUUUAUUCAUACAUUACACUAUACUUUUGGAAAAUAAAAAAAAGGGGAGAGAUCCCACGUCAAAGAGUUAUCAUCUAUAUCACAUAGUAAAAGGCCUAACGUGCUUCCAUGUCUGAACUUUGGCUUCUUGUGAUGUAACGGAAUACAUGUAAUAAGUUCAACUUUUUAUUAUUUAUUGGGGGUUUUAACUAUUUGUUUA